GCGGCCGGGAGGAGGCGGGGCCAGGCCCGGUCAGGGCAGGGAGGGGGAGCUGUGGAAUGGCGGACGGCCGGGCUGGCCCGCCCUGGUGGUAACGAGCCCGGGGGGCCUGAGAGAGCAGCACCGGAGUGGGAACAGUGCCUGAAGCAGGUCCACCAUGCCGUUAGUAACGAGGAACAUUGAGCCAAGGCACCUGUGCCGUCAGACGUUGCCUAGCGUUCGAAGCGAGCUGGAAUGCAUGACCAACAUCACCCUGGCAAAUGUCAUUCGACAGCUGGGCAGCCUGAGUAAAUUUGCAGAAGACAUAUUUGGAGAGCUGUUUACUCAAGCCAACACUUUUGCCUCCCGGGUGAGCGUUCUUGUCGAGAGAGUUGACCGCUUGCAAGUCAAAGUCACUCAGCUGGAUCCCAAAGAGGAGGAAGUCUCCCUGCAGGGCAUUAACACCAGGAAGGCCUUCAAAAGCUCCACUACUCAGGACCAGAAGCUCUUCGACAGAGAUUCUCUGCCGGUGCCUGUCCUUGAAACCUAUGGGACCUGCAAUACUCCUCCACCUCUCAACAUUCUUUCCCCUUACAGGGACGAUGGCAAGGAGGCACUUAAAUUCUACACGGAUCCUUCCUAUUUCUUUGACCUUUGGAAAGAGAAAAUGCUUCAGGACACCAAGGAUAUUAUGAAAGAGAAGCGGAAGCACAGGAAAGAGAAAAAGGAGAAUCCGAACCGAGGAAACGUGAACCCACGGAAAAUCAAAACCCGAAAAGAAGAGUGGGAGAAACUGAAAAUGGGGCAAGAAUUCGUUGAGAUAAAGGACAAACACGGUCCUGCUGGGUACCCCUCUAACAUGGUGUAUCAGAACGGCAGCAUUGGCUCCAAUGAAAGCAUGGAGGUGAACUGCUACCCGCCGCCGCCGCAGACUGACUCUAUUGUGCCUCCACCUCCUUCGUUCCCAGAUGACAGCCUGCCUCCACCCCCGGUGGAAUUUAGCUAUCCUGUAGACAACCAAAGAGGUUCUGGUUCUGGAGGGACCAAAAGAUCCAGCCUGGUCAGCCCGAGCCACCCACCGCCAGCUCCUCCGAUCGGAUCCCCCGCCGGGUCCAGGCCGGGCUUUGCUCCCCCUCCAGCACCGCCUCCACCACCACCAAUGAUGGGCAGCACCCCUCCUCCACCGCCCCCAUCCCCAGGCACCCCGCCGCCGCCCUCUCCCCCCUCUUUCCCACCUCACCCCGACUUUGCUGCCCCGCCUCCACCGCCGCCCCCUCCAGCGGCCGAAUACAGCGGCGUGCAGCCCCCUCCUCUGCCCCAGCCAGGGGGUGGGAGCGUGCCACCCCCCCCGCCCCCCCCACCGCCUCCUGGCCCCCCGCCUCUGUCUUCCAGUGGCCUCGAUGGGCCCCCGGCGCCGCCUCCACCCUCAGACACCUCCUCCUCCAAGCCCAAGUCAUCCCUGCCCGCUGUUAGCGAUGCCAGGAGCGAUUUGCUUUCGGCGAUUCGUCAAGGCUUCCAGCUCCGCAAGGUGGAAGAGCAGCGGGAGCAGGAGAAGAGGGACGUUGUGGGCAACGACGUGGCGACCAUCCUGUCGCGCCGCAUCGCCGUGGAGUACAGCGACUCUGAGGAUGACUCUUCAGAGUUCGAUGAGGACGAGUGGUCGGAUUAACCACGGCCCCGUCCCCUCGGUUCCCUUCCCUCCUGGGUUAACGGCUUCUUAAAGAAGCAGGUGGCCAAACCUUCCGCCGUUUCCUUUUCAUCCCGUAACCAAAGAUGUGCCAAGGGUUUUCAGACAACCACCAGCAUAUCUCCCCUCUCCCUCCCCCCCGGGCUUUGGCAGGACUUUGUGCUCUGCCUUUCCAAUAGGUCUCCUCGCAGGCAGUGAGGAUGGAGGCGUUGGGAUUUGGCUGGAGGCAGUGCAACGGUUGCUUAUUUAAGAGAACUAAACCUCCAGAUCCUCGAUGCCACCAGGCAGAGCACACAAAACCCCUCCGUCCUGAGGGAUUUUUAAAGCAAAGAUGGAUGAUCCUGUUGUGGCCUUUCAGAUGAAGGACGUUUUCAGCUAGUUUCCUCAUUGCAACAGCAGGCAGUUGAUCUAGUGGCUCUUCCUUUCCAGUGAAUACUGGUAGUGCUGCAAGAAAACGGGCUUUAAAUGUCUGUUUUCUGCUGCAUCCCACUGUCACAUAAUCAGUUUUCGGCACAAUUCCUUCCCCUCUGACCCUCCUCAGUAUUUCCAGACUCACCCCUGCAGGGGGGCACUGCUGGCUGUAGGGCUGCAGCGUGCAUGGGGUGCAAUGAGAGGGGGCUGUGUUCCUUUUUAAAGCUGCCUUUACCUCCCUCAGCAACCUCCAGGACUGCUUUGCCACAAGGGAGCCUUGCACAAAGGGAUGCAGGGCUGCAGCAGGACGGCUGCUUGGCUUCCUGCUGCAGGGAGAGCAGAGCUGACGGCUCCGCUUCGUGCUGAAAGAAACAAAGCAAAACCCAGAAGUGCCUACAGCAGGGAAGCAGCAGGGAGGGCUGCUCUGAGCACCAGGCCCCGUUUGACCAGUUGGAAUCGCUGCUUCUCUCCUGCAGCGAGCGCGCUUUUGCAGAGAGCAUUGCUGCAGGAAUUGCUGGUGUUACUUUUGCUUCCUCCUCCCUUUCACUUCAGGAUUGGGGGGGUCCUGUGCCUCAAACCACCUCGUGUGUGUGAGCUGAGUUGCCCGUUGGUUCCAUCACACCUCACCCGUGUUGUUCCCCGCGUUUUGUUCCUGUAGUUGAUUAGUUAAUUUCUUAACUAAUUUCCUCUCCCAGCUAACCCUGCGGAUUCCUAGGCUGCUCACUACAGGCAGGGGAAGAAAAUGGAGAACUUGAACCAGCUGACCUAGGUGUUACUGCUGUUUUAUAUUACAUAGAAUAUAUGCAUAUCUUGGAAAUCUAUAAGCAAA